AUGGGUGAUAAACAGUUGUCUGAGCUAUUGAAAGAAGAUCAAGAGCCAUUCCAGUUAAAGAGUUACAUUGAACAGAGGCGCACUCAAUUACAAGUCAAAAAGCGCAACCCCAAAAUUCUACAAACCCCCUCGAAACGUGCAAAUCUUUGCAAACAUGCUUGUUUUUUCUCGUUUCAGAACUCGCCGGACGUUAGAAAAUCACCCUUUCAUGAUUUCUAUUCACCUUGUAAAUCCCCAAAAGGUGCCGUGUUCCUCCACAUCCCGGCCGGAACUGCUGCUCUCCUCGCUGAAGCCGCCAUGAGGAUUCAAAAACAGAAACCCAAGCCUAAAACCCAGAUUAAAAAUGUCGGUUUCGGGCUGUUUGGGUCCAUUCUGAAGAGACUGAAAGAUCGGAACAAGAACAAAAAACUAGCCAUUGGGGACGCAAAACUUGAAAAACAAGAAAAAAUGGAUGCUGAGAUUAAAAUUUCUUGUUCCUGUAAUAACAGUAGGCUUAGCAGUGCUGGUUGGUCAGAAUAUAAUGAAGAGAAAUCUCUGGAUUUGGAGACCUCUACUAGCAGUUGUAGUAGGUCAGAGGAUUCGGAAAUUAUUAUUUCUUGUGAAAACCGCUUUUGCAUAAGCCCAUUCAGAUUUUCUCUUCAGACAAGCCCUUCAAUCUCCGGUCACCGGACGCCGGAUUUUUGCUCUCCGUCAGCUUCUCCGAAUCGCCACAGAAAACUGGAAAAGGAGAACGAUGGGACGAAAAAUAUGAAAAAAGUCCAAGAAGAAGGAGUUGAAGAGAAAGAACAAUGUAGUCCGGUAUCCAUUUUGGACCCUCCAUUUGAAGAUGAAGAGGACAGACAUGAAUGUGGAGAUGCAGACGAAGAAGAUUAUGAUCUUGAACGCAACUAUGCAAAUGUACAAAGAACAAAACAUCAGCUUCUGUACAGGCUCCGUAGAUUCGAAAAACUAGCAGAAUUGGAUCCAAUGGAACUUGAGAGAAAAUUGCUAGAAGAAUCAGAUGAUGAUGAUGAUGACCUUGAAGAAAGAGAUGAGCUGGAAGAUGAAGUGCCCUUGGCAUUGUACAAACAGCGGAGUGUCGAUAAAUUUGUGACCGAAGUUUUCAACCAAUCAAGCCUUCAAAACACGAGGAAGAUUUCCACUGACAUGACGAGGCUAGUUUCAGAUUUAAUUACGGAGGAAAAACGUGAAACGAAUUUCUGGUGCAAUAAAGAAGUCGUGUUGGGACGGGUUUGCAACAGGUUGGAUUCCUGGAGAGAAGUCGAAUCCGACACCAUUGAUAUGAUGAUUGAAUUGGAUUUCAAAAAGGAGAUGGACGGGUGGAAAAACUUUCCUGAGCAGGUGGAAGAAACAGCAGCACAAUUUGAGCGUGCAAUCUUUGGACUAUUGGUGGAUGAAUUAUCAAAUGAACUGUUUCACUUGGCUGGACACGAUGAAAAACUCGAGAACUUCUCGGUUGAAUGCUCGUGA